AUGGAGAACACGAAGCUCUCAUCGGCGCUCUUCGCCGGGACCCACUUUGACCGCAAGCGCUUCGCCGCCGACUUCGCUCGGUUCCGUAAAGGCCCGGCUCUCCCAUCCGCCGCCGCCGCCGCCCCCUCCGCGCCGUCCCCGGAGAAGAAGCGGAAGCGCAAGAGCGGCAAGGCAAAGGCGAAGAAGAAUAAGAAGAAGCGAGCCGAAGAUGCGGCGGCGGCCGCCUCGUCGGAUGUUGUGGAGGGGUUCAGCGUGUUCAAGGGAUUGGCGGAUAAUAAUGCAGAGCUGCGUUCUUUGAAGGUGGAUAUGAAUAUGAGGAAGGAUGAGGAUUCGGUGUCUGUGAGGCGGCGGAAGGAGAUUGAGAGGGAAAUCGAGAGGGCCGCAGUUCUUCGUAAGAGGUAUGGUUGUGAUUCUUAUUUGGUUGGGAACUUGUCAAAACUUGGUUUUCAGGAACCUACACCAAUACAAAGGCAGGCCAUGCCCAUUCUUCUUUCGGGUAGGGAAUGCUUUGCGUGUGCACCUACUGGUUCUGGCAAGACACUGGCUUUCUUGUUUCCACUUCUUAUGAAAAUUAAGCCAGGAUCAAAAGGUGAUGUUAAAGCCGUGAUUCUUUGCCCAACAAGGGAAUUGGCUGCACAAACUGUGAGAGAAUGCAAGAAGUUGGUUAGGGGGAGGAAGUACUAUAUUAAAUUGAUGACCAAAGAACUAUCCAAAUCAGGGAAUUUCAAAGAUAUGCACUGUGAUAUCCUUGUUUCCACCCCACUUCGUUUGGACCAUGCUGUAAAGAAAAGAGACCUUGAUUUAAGUAGUGUGGAAUACCUUGUCUUGGAUGAAUCUGAUAAACUUUUUGAGCUUGGAUUUGUUGAAGUGGUUGAUUCAGUUGUUGAAGCCUGUUCCAAUCCUUCAAUAAUUCGGUCUCUGUUCAGUGCCACUUUGCCCGAUUCAAUUGAGGCUCUUGCACGCACUAUAAUGCAUGAUGCCAUUCGAGUCAUUGUCGGCAGAAAGAAUUCGGCCUCCUCACUGAUUAAGCAAAAGUUGAUUUUCGCUGGAACUGAGAGGGGAAAGUUGCUAGCUCUUCGCCAAAGCUUUCAAGAGUCUCUCAAUCCUCCAGUAUUGAUUUUUGUUCAAAGCAAAGAGAGGGCCAAAGAGCUUUACAAAGAACUGGCAUUUGACGACGUUAGAGUUGAUGCAAUUCAUGCAGAUCUCAAUGAGCAGCAGCGUCAAGAUGCUGUUGACAAUUUGAGAGCUGGAAAGACCUGGGUACUGAUAGCAACAGAAGUCAUUGCCCGGGGAAUGGACUUCAAAGGUGUAAACUGCGUGAUAAACUAUGAUUUUCCGGAGUCAGCUGCUGCCUAUAUUCACAGGAUAGGACGAUGCGGAAGAGCUGGUAGGUCUGGGGAGGCUGUCACGUUCUUCACAGAGGAGGACAAGCCAUUUUUGAGGAAUAUCGCCAAUGUGUUGGUAUCUUCAGGCUGUGAAGUGCCUUCCUGGAUAAUGGCACUGCCAAAGCUCAAGCGAAAGAAGCACAGGGUGGAUAGGGACCCAAUCUCCAACUUACCUGAUGAAGAUUGA